UCUAACAUUCAUGCUGAUACUGAAGGAUUUCUAAUUGUAGACUACCCAAGAUGUGAACAGUUAUCAUGUGCAAAUGGAGCAUGUUUUAAUGCAAGCCAGCGAUGUGAUGGCAAAGUUGAUUGCAGAGAUUCUUCUGAUGAAGCUAAUUGCACACAUGGAUGUACCAGUACGCAGUUUCACUGUGCUAAUGGAGAAUGCAUCCCACGAGCCUUUAUGUGUGACCAUGAUGAUGACUGUGGAGAUAGAAGUGAUGAAAACUCUUGCACUUAUGCAACUUGCAGAGGCAACUUCUUCACUUGCCCAAGUGGCCGUUGCAUUCAUCAGAGCUGGAUAUGUGAUGGAGAUGAUGAUUGUGAAGAUAAUGAAGAUGAAAAAGGAUGCGAAAGCGGUCACCAUGAAUGCUACCCGGGAGAGUGGGCCUGCCCUGGGUCAGGGCAUUGCAUUCCAAUUGGGAAAGUGUGUGAUGGGGCUGCAGACUGCCCUGCAGGAGAAGAUGAAACUAACAUCACUGCGGGCAGACAUUGCA